GAGCUUUCCGAGAUCUUUUUUUUUUGAUUCAGCUAGAGACAGAAGGCUGGGAAACUAAGACUAGUCCGCAAUUUCAGUAAAGUUCCUUAUACAUAACCGAGCUUUAGCAGACAGCUAGCGUUAGCCAGCAGUCUGAUGACGCGGAGAUGACAGUGUUUGCUGUUCGAUUCUUCAUUUUGGAGUAGUGUGACCGAGCUGCAGUCAUGGUGUGCAUUCCCUGUAUUGUGAUUCCGGUCCUGUUGUGGGUCUACAAGAGAUUCCUGGAGCCUAUCCUCUACCCUUUCAUUUCCCCGAUUAUGAACAUGUUCUGGACCAAAAAAGCAGUCCAGGAGACAGGCACUAGUGACCAAAAAGCUACUGAGACUAGCAAUGGGACUUGCAAGCCUGAAAGCAAUGGUGUAGCCACUGCCAACGGAGACACUAUAGCAGCAGACAAGAAGACAGACUGACAGUGCUAUAUGUUUAUAAUGCAUCUUAACCAAUGUAAAUAUUCAAUUCUAAUAAUAUAGAGAAACUAUGAAUUAACUUAUCAUCUUCUUUUGAAUGGAGUGGUUUUAAAACUCUCCAUAUUAUGUGUACAGAUUCAUUUGUUUGUAUAACGGUAACUUUGAGAAUUUGGUUAUUGUUGAUAUAUUUUCUUUGUUAAUUGAUCCCUGCAUAGACUGUGUUGAAGAAACUAUCUCUAUUAAAUAUCUUUUAUAAGUCAAAUGGCAGUUUGAUGAAUGAAUAAAACAAAAUCUUCAAUCAAGAA